AAAUGAUUUUCUACUUCGUUUUAUUCACUUAAGAGGGUGCACUGACCCCCCCUCUUCGUGUAGUGCAUUCAGGAGCGCUUUAUGGUGUGUGCAAGAACUUAUAUUUGAAUUUCUAAUGGGGUUGGAGUGACUUGUUCCUAUGAUGUCAGUGGCUCCUUCUCGCGCCAACAGCCGACUGCAGAACUACGAGGACACCCCAACCGCAGAUGCCUCCCCCGUCCACCCCCAAGAUGGCGCCACCGAUGCCAAAACCCUGAGGAACGACGACGAAAAGAGCAAAGAGUCCAGAAACGGUGCACACAUGGACGAGGCCGAGCUCAGUGGUGUGCUGGACGGCGCUGACGUUGAGCCGAAGAACUCCGAGAGUGAGGAGGAAGAUUCCGGUGAAGAAGACGAGCCCCCCAGGCCCUCCAACGGGGGUUUUUGGAGGCAGGGGGCGGCCUCCAGAUCUCAGUCGCCUGUUAUGGCGGACAAUGCCAGUGAUGCUUCGUCCAUGGUGCCCCCCCAGAGGCCAAAAAGUCGCUCAGAUAUGGCGACGAGCCGUUACAACAAUCUCUCGUACUGGAAAGCGAGAAGGGUCGUCUUUUUUCGCAAUGGAGAUCCCUUCUUUCCGGGGGUGGAGUUCAGAUUCAAGCCCGGAAGGGACAUUAUGUCGCUGGAGGCGCUCCUGGACAAGCUGUCCUUACGGAUGGACCUCCCAAGAGGCGCUAGGUACAUUUUUUCCAUGGAUGGAGACAGGAAGUAUCGGUUAGACGAGCUGGAAGAUGGUGCAUCUUAUGUUGUUUCUUCUUAUAAAACGUUCAAAGCUGCCAGCUACGGCAAGAAGAACGGUAUCUGGUACGCUGCACCAGCUGGCGCACAAGGAUGGAGCAAGGCGACGAGCAGGAAGGCGUCUAUAGCGGAAGCAGACGCAGUGCCGCCUCCAGGAGGCGGUCCUGUCAAACCGAGCUCCGGUCGUGUCAUCAGAAUUAUCAACAAUAUGGACCACACUGUGCAGUGCAGGGUGCUGCUAAACCUAAGGACCACGCAGCCAUUCGAAGAAGUGGUCGAAGACCUUGGUCAAGUCCUGAAGAUGAACGGUGCAAAGCGGAUGUAUACAGUGUCGGGUCAAGAAGUACGCAGCUUUUCGCAGCUUAGAAACGAGUUCGCUGACGUAGACACUUUUUAUCUUGGUGUAGGUAGUGUAGGAUCUGUUAACAACCUUAUGAUGUCACCUGUAAGAAGGGGACGAGCUAGAGUUGUUAACACAGCUAUCGUAGAAGAUUUGAGCAAGAGGAGAUCGAGGAGUAAAAGCAGACCGAGGGCACUUUACGCUCCUGAGAGUGAAAUUGUUAGGACCAAUGAUUAUACCUUAUUAGAAGUACUGAAGGAAGAACCAAUACGAGUCACCAUUAAAGGACUUAGAAGAACAUUUUAUCCUCCCCUACAUCAUCCCCCAAUGGACAAUACACCACCAGACAAAAAACUCCAAUUAGAAUGGGUUUAUGGUUAUCGAGGCACAGAUUCUAGGAAAAAUUUAUGGGUCCUACCAACAGGAGAACUUUUGUAUUUCGUAGCAGCAGUAGCGGUAAUGUAUGAUAGAGACGAAGAUGCACAAAGGCAUUACACUGGACAUACAGAAGAUAUCCAAUGCAUGGAUUUGCAUCCGUCCAGAGAGAUGGUUGCUUCCGGUCAAAGGGCCGGAAGGAAUAGGAAAACACAGGCACACAUUAGAAUUUGGAGCACAGAAACUCUGCAAACUCUCUAUGUGUUCGGAAUGGGAGAAUUUGAAGUUGGAGUAGCUGCUGUUUCAUUUUCGCAACUAAAUGGUGGUAGUUAUGUCUUGGCUGUAGACGCUGGAAGAGAGAGCAUCCUUUCAGUGUGGCAGUGGCAAUGGGGGCAUCUGCUUGGUAAAGUUGCGACCUUACAAGAAGACCUGACAGGCGCAGUUUUCCAUCCCUUGGAUGACAACCUAAUGAUUACUCAUGGAAAAGGUCACUUGACCUUCUGGAAUAGAAGGAAAGAUGGAUUCUUCGAGAGGACAGACAUCAUAAAACCGCCAGCAAGAACGAUGAUUACCGCUCUUCAGUUUGAACAAGACGGUGAUGUCAUCACAGCAGAUACUGAUGGUUUUAUCACCGUGUACAGCGUUGACAGUGAUGGGGCAUAUUUCGUUAAAAUGGAAUAUGAGGCUCAUAAUAAAGGAGUAAGUGCUUUAGUGAUGCUUUCUGAAGGAACUCUUCUAUCUGGUGGAGAGAAGGAUAGAAAGAUAUGCGCUUGGGAUUCACUCCAAAAUUAUAAAAAAAUAACAGAGUCCAAGCUUUCCGAAACAGCAGGAGGGGUCAGAUCCAUAUAUCCCCAAAGGCCAGGGAGGAACGAUGGAAAUAUAUACGUUGGAACCACCAAAAAUAACAUCCUGGAAGGUAGUUUACAGAGAAGAUUCAACCAGGUUGUUUUUGGUCAUGGUCGACAACUCUGGGGUCUAGCUGUUCAUCCAGACGAUGAAGUAUUCGCUACAGCUGGUCAUGAUAAAAAUAUCGCUUUAUGGAGGAAAAACAAGCUGCUCUGGACGACACAAGUUGCUUUCGAAUGCGUGUCUUUAUCCUUCCAUCCGUUUGGUAUUGUGUUAGCUGCCGGAAGUACAGAGGGACAUUUGUUGAUUAUCAACACGGAAAAUGGAGUUCUUUCCAGCACAAUAAGGAUAUGUGGAUCACCGCUUAGCUGUAUAGCUUUCAACCCUACUGGAGAUAUGAUAGCGAUAGCAUCUCAAAACGGGAGCAUCUACCUCUUCAGAGUUAGUCGAGAUGGAUUCUCAUAUAAAAAAUCGAACAAGAUAAGGGGAUCACAGCCUCUGAUUCAAUUGGACUGGAGUACAGACAGCAAUUAUAUCCAAACUGUUACUGCGGAUUAUGACCUAUGUUUCUGGGAUGUGAAAUCUCUUUCUCCGGAAAAGAGUCCAAUAGUUAUGAAAGAUGUUAAAUGGUAUACGCAUAACUGUACAGUAGGAUUUAUGGUUGCAGGUAUGUGGAAUAAUCGAUUCUAUCCGAUGACUUCAAUCAUAAGCACAGCUAGCAGAUCUGCUGCCCAUGAUCUUCUGAUUUCUGGUGAUACCGACGGAUAUUUGAGACUUUUCAGGUAUCCCUGUUUGAGUCCUAAGGCAGAAUACAACGAGGAGAAGCUAUACAGCGGAACAGUGGCGUGCGCCAGAUUCCUUUUCAACGACAGGAAUGUGGUUACAGUAGGUGGUACAGAUGCUGCCCUGAUGUUGUGGGAAUUGACGGAAGAAUAGCAACAAAAGGUUGGAUAUUACAGGCGACCACGUUUAUUGAAACAAAGAGUGAGAUACGUUGAUUUUGGGGAUUAUAGUGAUUCGGACCUCGACUCAGAUAUGGAGAAUUCCUUCGAAGUUUUGGCAUUGAGGAAUUGAAGGCUACCAGGAACUUGAAGAUGUUCUAGUCUUCGUAAUUUCCGAGUAUAUGCAAUUCUAUCAAUCCCUUUUGUUACCAAAGAAUCCAACGACUAUAAGAAUUUUUAUUGUUCAAAUAAUGAACUUUAUAUGAAAGUUACUCAAUAUUUUGAUGAGGAUUUGGUACUUUUGAUGCCGAACAGUAAACUUAAUUAUAAACUAAAUUAUUGUCUUCAUUUUUUCGAUUAGAUAUUUUCAUUAGAAUUUUCCUAGAAUGAACAGGAUGUAACUACCUCAUUAAAGGUAGGAAUAAUGCCUAAAAAUUUACGAAGCUUAUGUUAGAAAUUUUAGUGGUUUCACAAUAAGUUCUUCUCACAUUGAAAAAAUGAAGGAAUUCUACCAGUUUCUCCCUUUGAAAUGGGAUAUAUCAUUCAAUGUGACAAUUGAACUCAAAUAACUUUUCAUUUGAAUUUUCGAAUAUAUUCUAUCAAUUAACAAAUAUUAAACACAUUUGAAACUGCCAAUAGGUAUAGUUUUAAUAUAUUAUAAUCUUAAAACAAAUUAUAAUAUGCAUGUUAGCUUCCUGAAAAUUUUGAGGUCAAAUAAAAUUAUUUAUAAAAUAGUUUAUAAAUUUUGUUAAAAAUUGGAAUGGUAAUAAAAAAGUUGUGUUC